ACGACGAAGCUCGCAUCAUCUUGGCAUGGUCCUCGUGCAGGCUGCUUCGAUCCACUGUCCCCACCGUGUAUCCACUGCAGUGACCAUCCGUCUACGACCAAGCACCCGACGUAUCAGCACGUCCAAGCAUCAUGUCUGAAGCGUCAGAAUUUUCGGACUUCGAUGAUAAAGAACAAGGUAUCGAAAGGAAGCACAAGCUUGUUGCGCUGGCAUUCUUCGUUUUGGCGUUCGUGGUGAUUGCAUCUUCCGUCGCCGUAAUAAUACUGCACCCGAAGGACGAAACGCCUUCUCCUCCACCUGAUGAUGGCGAUGGGGCUGAUGAAGAAAGUAUGUUCAGGAUACCCCCGGGAGGCGAUAUCAUAAGAAGCAGGACGAGUCCGAAACCGGCUAAGACAUGUGAUACUGACGACUGCAACUACAUGAGAUGGCUCAUCGAGAUGUCUGUUGACACAAAGAAAGACCCCUGCGCCAAUUUUUACACAUAUGUCUGCACGGGGGCCAUCGAGCACAUGAGGAAUAUCGGUAAAGGUCAAGGGAGCAUGCUGUCCGCAAUUCAGUGGAAUAACAGCGGCGCCAUUGAAGCUUGGAUGAAGAACAGUCCUGUUCCGAGCAAACACCAAAGCGGAUUUCAGAAAGUGGCCAAACUCUUUCAAUCGUGCACGAAAGAUCCGGACUCAAGUAAACAAGCGAUCGUAGACACCCUGAGAAAUUUACGUAUGAUCAUCGAUGGAACGUUAGAUUUUGAUCCGCUAGAUGUACAAGUGUACCUUUUGCUCCUAGGGAUCCCUAUAAUCUUUGAGAUGUCCCCAUUUGCUAUACGGCACAGGAACGAAAUUAUCUUCAAAUUGUGCGCGUCUACGGACUUCGCUUCGUUUCGCGCAAAUUCGCUUCGCAGCGCAGCGCUAAGGAAGAGGGUUUACGAAAAAGUGUCAAGAUGGGUAUUCGGAGACUUAGGCUUCAAUGAUACAAUCAAAGAUCGUAUCCUGCUGGCCGAAGAGGAAGCACACCGAGCCUCGAGGAACCAAACGAACGACGACACGACCUAUGAAUUUGACAUGUCCCGCAUCGAUCAAUUUUCCGGAGGAGAUCAGGCACUGGUACAGCGUUGGAGCGGAAGCCUGGGCAGAUGGUUCCCGUCGAUAUUUCCUGGCAACUAUAGGCUUUUAAUGACACUGACUGACGUUCAUCUAUUCAUUCACCUAUUUGGAAGCGAACCUUUGAUAAGUACAGGAGACUUUCAGACAUUCUUUGCAUGGAGGAUGACAUGGUUCCUUUACAACGCAUCUGGUAAGAACAUCGAACACAAAAGCGAGGCUUACAAAUCCCUCAGAUGCUCGGACCACGUCUUGAGGUUGCUAAACACUGUUGCACCAGUCAAGGUCAUGCUAGGGAAAGUCGACCAAUCAAGAAUCGCCGCCGUCAAAGAGAUGGCAGAAGUCAUACGCUCCGAAAUAACGGUAUCGUUUAGGAUUUCGAGGUGGCUGGACCCCGCCACUCGCAGUGCCGCCUUGCGAAAGAUAUCUCAGGUGAUUCAACAUGUAGGUUACCCUCUGGGAUUUUCAUCAGAGGAUGCAGUUGAGACAUACCUGAAGCCAGUUCCCGACAUGACCGACAGCUACAUUUCAAACAUGAUGAAAAUGACCUCCCUAAAACAGUCGACUUUAUACGAUAUGUUAAGAAGGAAAGGCAACUUCGACUGGUUCGUGCAGUAUCAGAUGGCAGCAUCUGUACCGGUCUAUUCCGGCAACGCAGUGUAUUCGGCAACAUUGAACGAGAUUUUUAUUGCGCCCGGCAUAAUGGGACGGCCGAUAUUCACCUACGGUGGGCCGCCGGAAGUGAACUACGGCGCUUUGGGCAACAUAGUGGCGCACGAAUUCAUGCACGGAUUUGACGAAUCUGGAAGGAAUUACGACGGUGUGGGCAAAGCGGUCGACCUUUUCACGGAGGCUAGCAAGCAGGCAUACGCUGACCUAGUGGGCUGUCAUAAUGUCAGCAUCGAACGCGCCCCGAAGGCGAGGAGCUACAGCGAUUACGCACGGGAGUACCUAGCGGACACGAUGGCCACUGCUACCGUGCUGCGAGCGUUCAAGAAAGCAUCUAGACGGGCUACCGUUACUCUUGGGACAGUGAAAGGAUUUACAAGCGAGCAGCUGUUCUACGUGGCCCGGUGCCUGGUGUGGUGCGGAGUGCCGCAGACGUACAGAUAUCAUCCCCCGUCUGAUGAAAGGUGUAACGUUCCCCUUAUGAGCUCCGAACACUUCGGUAAGGCAUUUAAUUGCCCUCUUGGAUCGCCAAUGAAUCCGCCGAGAAAGUGCGUCUUCUGGUAGAUCAGUAAAAAACUGUAGCGCAGUAAAAGCUGCUUAAAUUUCUU